UAUUGUCCCCAAGCCACUCAGUGCUGCCUGUUUUCGCAGGAGGACGACUCUUCUCCGGUUCUCUUGCCUAGACAAUUUAAUCCCGUUUUUUUUUUUUUUUUGGCGGAGGGAAGCAGAUACAACCCGAGCGAGUCUCUUACUCUGUCAGUGUGUGUUGACGCAUUUGCGGGCUAACUGCGCUGCCGUACGUUUUCCGCUUUCGCGGCUGUAGAUCUACUCGAGCGGCCGUUUUUCCCUGCGGAAGGUCCGCACAGCCCGUACCUGUCCCCUCCCCCGUCCGUCCCCCGUCGAUGGGCGCCGGUUCCGAACCCCUCCAGUGACGGAUGUCAGCGGCGGCGUCGCUUGCGAACGGAUCUCCUCUGUUCUGCGGCGUUUGGAGGAGACGGUGACGGUCCAGCCGGAGAGCCGGAGAGCCGACUCCCCCCCCCGCGGACCUGACAGGCGUCACCGCUCCCGGAAAGCCAUGCCCGGCUUCGACUACAAGUUCCUGGAGAAGCCGAAGCGGCGCUUCCAGUGCCCUUUGUGCAGCAAGGCUAUGCGCGAACCCGUGCAGGUCUCCACUUGCGGACACCGCUUCUGCGAUACGUGUCUGCAGGAAUUCCUCAGUGAGGGUGUGUUCAAGUGUCCCGAGGACCAACUGCCACUCGAUUAUGCCAAGAUCUACCCUGAUCCAGAGCUGGAGCAGCAGAUCCUGUCCUUGGCCAUCCGUUGCAUCCACAGUGAGGAGGGCUGUCGCUGGAGCGGGCAAAUGAAGCAGCUGCAGAGCCAUUUCUCCACCUGCGCUUUCAACGUGGUUCCCUGUCCCAACCGAUGUCCGGCCAAGCUGACACGCCGCGACCUGCCAGACCACCUGCAGCAUGACUGUGUGAAGCGCAAGGUCAAGUGUGAGUUCUGCGGUAGCGAGUUCACCGGAGAGGCCUUUGAGAACCACCAAGGGACGUGUCCUCAGGAGAGCGUGUACUGCGAGAACAAGUGUGGGGCACGCAUGAUGCGGAGGCUGCUGGCUCAGCAUACCCUGGCCGAGUGCCCCAAGCGCACACAGCCCUGCAAGUACUGCGGCAAAGAGUUUGUCUACGACACCAUCCAGAAUCACCAGUACCACUGCCCGCGGUUCCCUGUGCCGUGCCCCAACCAGUGCGGAACCCCCAACAUUGCCCGUGAGGACCUGGCCAAUCAUGUGAAGGAGAACUGUGGCAGUGCCCUGGUUCUCUGCCCUUUCAAAGAUGCUGGCUGCAAACACCGGUGUCCAAAGCUGGCAAUGGGUCGACACCUGGAGGACACCACCAAAUCUCACCUGACUAUGAUGUGUAACCUGGUGGGGCGGCAGCGGCAAGAACUGCUGGAACUGCGGCGGGAAGUGGAAGAGUUGUCCAUCAGCCAUGAUGGUGUGCUCAUCUGGAAGCUGACAGAUUAUGCUCGCAAGCUGCAGGAGUCCAAGCUGCGUAGCAACCAUGAGUUCUUCAGCCCGCCUUUCUACACCCAUCGCUAUGGCUACAAGCUGCAGGUGUCUGCCUUCCUCAAUGGUAAUGGUAGUGGUGAGGGCUCUCACCUUUCCAUCUAUAUCCGGGUGCUUCCUGGUGAGUAUGACAACCUGUUGGAGUGGCCCUUCUCUUACAAGGUGACGUUCUCCAUCCUGGACCAGAGUGACCCUUCGCUCUCCAAACCCCAGCACAUCACAGAAACUUUCAACCCAGAUCCCAACUGGAAGAACUUCCAGAAACCGUGCAGUGCCCGCAACUCUCUGGAUGAAAGCACAUUGGGUUUUGGAUAUCCCAAAUUCAUCUCCCAUGAGGAAAUCAAGAAGAGAAACUACGUCCGAGAUAAUUCCAUCUUUCUGAAAGCCUCCAUAGAAAUCCCUCAGAAGAUAAUUGCUUGAGAAAUUCCAGGAUUGUUGUGGGCUGGAGGCCAAAAUCCACAUAUAACAGAAAAAGACCCUUGAAACAGUCACUCGGUUCUUCAGUUGAACUCUGUACAGGAGCUCCACUUGGGGGUGUCUAGCUGGACAGUCUGAUUGUAUUGGGCUGUUGGACGGAAGGGUAGGCAGUUUUUCUAGUUUUUGGCUGCCAGUCUCAAUAGAGAGAAAAGUUGAGUCUUUGGUCUGCAGAGCCAUUGCUCUCUGAAUAGGUUUGACUUUGUUUUGUGUUCAAUCUGCAACAGGAAGCCUUGGAAAUUCAAUAGUGCCUCAGUUCUUUAAAUAUGUGAUCUGUCCCGGUCUCGUCCUACAGUGUCAGUGUCAAUGCAGAGCUAAAUGCUGCAAGGACUGGGCGGUGGAUGGCUAGAGAAAGCCUCCUUCUCAGAAGGUGUCCAGUUUUUUUACGUGCCCUGCGGAGCCUCGCAGACCUGAUGUUAUGGACAGAAGCAUGAAGGACCUCAGGACAGUGAAUUAAGUGUAAACAUGCAUACAUACACACACACGAAACCUUGCGUACUUUUUGUUUACAUGUUCACAGAGGAAAAACUAUGCGAAGCUAAGUAUCUGUCCUGAAAUGGACUGUCUAGCAGUUUUUAAUAAAACCAAGGAGCUGUGAAAUCCAAGUAGUUAACUCUCUCACUGCUCUGUUUUUGUGCUGAUGAGAAGGAACCUGUAAAUGUGCGGUUUUCAAAGUAUUCAAAACAUGAGUACUUGGGGUGAUGUUGACCUACGAACCAGGACUGGCUUUAGACAGUGGCCAGUUGACAUGGGCUGCUGUGGCAGCCUGCACAUUGGCACUGGAGCACCUCCUGUUUGGCCCCUAGGCCAGGGGUGUAGUUAAAAGAGCCUUAUCACAGUGGUAGUCACUGUCACCUUUACUGAAUUGCUGAUGAGUUCAACAUCAUCCAUAAGGAGUCAGAGCUUACUUAAACAUCUGGAUGCUUAGCACAGUGGAUCUCUGACCUGAAAUAAUGUCAGAAAUUCACCCAGAUUACCCUGUAUGUCAUGAGGACCACUUACUGUAUUGUUGCCCCAAUUCUUGAUUGCAAGUGACAAUGUUCCUAUGUGCUCACUCUGAGACAGAACACUACACUUUGUCGCACAGCUGGGUCAGAGGAAAACUGCAAUAUUGAAAUUUGGAGUUCCAUCCAACCCCAGCGACAGGUGAGAUCCUCACGUGUCUCCAAGGAAAUGACUUGCAGAUAGUGAGGAGCUGGGCUGGGGCCCAAGUCACCUGUGAUGUGUCGGUGCUAGAGAAGUGGCCUUCAGCGCUGCUAAAAGAGCAGACAGCAGCUGCAUGGCCAUCAAUAAGCGAAAAAUCUAAGUAUCAAAGAUCAAUAGGGGAAUUAUCAGUAUGUAUAUAUAUAUAUUUAUGUUAAUGUAAAAAUGAUAAAAGCACAUUUUUAGUUAUUUUUACUUCCGGUUUGCUCUUUCUAUAAUGCCAGUCAGCCUUUUACAGUGAUUCUAAAAACAACUAGAAAAGCAUUAUGAUAGAUUUUUUUUUUUUUUUUUUUU